GGACUGUCCAGAGGAGAAGCUCCCAGAGAACCAUCAGGAUGAAAAUAUCAUUAAGAUUCAGGUUAAAGAUGAAUCAGAAGAGGAGACGGAUUUAAGGGGCGAUCAGCAGUAUAGACUCAGACUCAGAGAAAGAAGUCCCCCCGAGAGAUGUCCCCGUCCUCUGUAUUCCCAGGACUGUUCGGAGGAGCAGCUCCUAGAGAACCAUCAGGAUGAAAAUAUGUUCGAUAUUAAGGUUGAGGUUAUAGAUUAUGAAGACGAAGAGGAGAUGGAUUUAUGGGGCGAUCAUCAGUAUGCACUCAGAGAAAGAAAUACUCCAGAGAGAUGUCCCCGUACCAGGACUGUCCAGGACUGUCUAGAAAAGAAGGUCCAAGAGAACCAUCAGAUGACAAAUCAGGUGGAAGAUUUGACUAUUAUUAAAGUGGAGGAUGAAGAAGACUGGAUGAUGGGCGAUCCCCCGUAUAUGAGUGAUGUGGAGGAGGAUGAUCCAGUCCAUGUGACCACAGAAACUCCCAGUAAGAACUCCAAGAGAAAAAUUAUGUUACCAAUAAAGUAUGAAGAAGAUGAUGAAGAUAUCACGCAAUGCUCUUCAAGAGAAAAUGACAUUACCUGUAAUGUACAUCCAGAAUCUCCCAGUACAGAUCCAUCAUAUAAUCCUCCUAAUGAUGAGGAACCUUCUCCUGACCGAUCACAGAUUACCACAAAUCCAGAUCUAUCAUGUAAUCUCUCUAAUCAUGAGGAACCUUCUCCUGACCAAUCACAGAUUGUUACCACAGAUGCUGGUCCAGAAGUGGAUACAAAAUUUGAAUCUGAUGAGGAUGAAAAACAGAAUACAAAAGUCUCAGGUCUAUUUAUACUCAGAAAAAGUCCCCAAUCAGAGCCAUCAUACAUCUGUUCACAUUGUGGAAAAAGUUUUACAAAUAAAGCAUAUCUUCUUGCACAUCAGAGAAAUCACAAAGGAGAGAAGCCAUACAUAUGUUCAGAAUGUGGGAAAUGUUUCAUCUAUAAAUCACAGUUUGCUAACCAUGAGAGAAGUCACACAGGAGAGAAGCCGUAUGCCUGUUCAGAAUGUGGGAAAUGUUAUACAAAUAAAUCAGCUCUUAUAAAACAUCACAGAAGUCACACAGGAGAGAAGCCAUAUUCAUGUCCACAAUGUGGGAAACGUUUUAUUACUAGAACCAGACUUACCGAUCAUUACAGAAUUCACACAGGAGAGAAGCCGUAUUCAUGCUCCAUAUGUGGGAAAUGUUUUACACAGAAAUCAAAUCUUGUUAGACAUGAGAAAAUUCACACAAAAGAGAUUCGGACAGAAGAGGAUUCAAAUUUUGAAAUUCUUUAGAGGAUUCACUGAGAAGAAACCAUAUUCUGUAGGAAUUGUUAAGUAGACGCUGAAUAUCCAAAUAAGAAGUUUUUGUUUUUUUGGGUGACAUUAGCCUGGAUCUGCCAGACACCCACAUUAUAUUAACUUUGUUAGACAUGGUAGCUCAGUGGUUAGUAUUGUAGCCUUUGGGUCCUGGCUUCAAAUCUGACCAAGGGCAACAUCUGCAUGAAGUUUGUAUGUUCUCCCCAUCUUUCUGUGGUUUUACCCAAGUUUCCUCCGACAUUCCAAAAUAUACUGUGAGCUUAAUUCAGAUUUUACAUUGUGAGCCCCAAUGGGGACAGAUACUGGCAUGUCCACUAAGGUCAACUAACCGGAAUCUAUGGAGGCAAAGUACAGUGGAUAUAAGGAAGAAUAGAAAAGCUUUGUUUUGUGUCAAAGAACAUUCAGAGUGACAUAGCGGAAAAGGAAGGACACCUCAUGUACACUUUCUUUUCCUAACAUAUGUGGACAUAUCAACAUUUCAUCUUAAUUCAGUAAUUAAAGGUGGUGGACUUAAAAUAUGAAUUAAUCAUAAUAUUCUGCUUAAACAAAUAACAUCUGCUAUUUCCUAUGACUGGUACGGCAAAAAAAAAUCCUCCAGCAGGCAUUUAUUCUAAGGUCUCAUUCACACUUGUGUGUUCUGGUCAGUAUUUUAUAUUAUUAUCUGUAAGCUAAAAAUAGGAGCAGCUCCAGAACAUGAAAGACGCUCCCAAGCAGUUUUACGUGCCCCCAGCAACUUGAUUUAGAACCAGGCCUUGAUUUUCUCAUUCAUCAACUCUCAGCCAUUCCUUGGUGGGCUUCUUGCUAUGUUUAGGGUCAUCGCCAUGUGGCUAGGUCUUCUUUGAGCUGAUCUUCAAUCUUUUUGACAGGUGGUCUCAAGGUAGCCACCAGCAACCUUUAAUACAAUGAAGAAUUCAAAGUAGACUCUGUGAUGAUAAGCUACAUAUGUGGUAAAACCCAGAUCAUUUCCCCCAUCAUGCUCCCAUGCCACUAUCAGGGUUUUCUGGUGGAAUGGUAUUUGUAUUUUUUUUAUUAAACAUGU